GCAAGCGCACACUUCAGUGUUCUCGCUGAGCUUGAGCGAGCGUGUGACUGCGUAUGCUUUGUGAACUUAGUUCGUGAACUGUGAGCUUGGUGCCUAUGCCAUAGAAGAUAUUUGCAUAUGCUUUCGGUUCGACAAUGUUGAUUUCGGCGGGCUCGGGCCCAACUGAUUUCUCGCCGGCCUCUUGUUGCGCGUCCUGGAAGAUGGAGCCGGCACCCGCGCCAGCGGCUAUCACACAGCCACUUAAUAUAUCACCAAAUGUUCCAGUUUCUCCAUCAUCUUCCGGCGGAGGUAGCUCGUCACUGUAUCCCGGAGGAGCAUCACAUCCCCUCUCAUCGCUUCUUUCGCAACAGAGGCUUUUAGACCUGUCGCGUUUCGGUCUGCGGCAUUAUGACAUCGCCCAUCACGUGCUGUCUCAGCAAGGUGCUGUUACCAAGCUUCUUGGUACACUUCGCCCACCAGGCCUGAUCGGCGGAAGUAAGCCAAAAGUUGCAACACCUGCCGUCGUUUCCAAGAUAGAACAAUACAAACGUGAAAAUCCGACAAUCUUUGCGUGGGAGAUUCGGGAGCGACUGAUUUCUGAAGGUGUAUGUACGAACGCGACAGCGCCUAGCGUAUCAUCAAUCAAUAGAAUACUGAGGAACAGGGCUGCUGAAAGAGCUGCCGCAGAGUUUGCCAGGGCGGCGGGCUAUGGGCUGUAUGCUGCCCCUCCGCCCUACGGCAGUUUCCCUUGGGGCGGAAGCGGCGGGGUGUGGCCACAUGGUAGCUUGCCGCUCCCACCAGGUGUAGCUGCACCGUCCGUAGGCGUGCCUCAUCCAGAUGCGAUGAAACAAGGCUUCUUAUCAUCAACGGGGAGAGGGCUUAUCGAUGUCGACGGCGAUGACUCAGGCUCUUUAGACGGUGAACAACCAAAGUUUAGACGAAAUAGAACCACAUUUAGUCCAGAUCAAUUAGAAGAACUUGAAAAGGAAUUUGAGAAGUCGCAUUAUCCUUGUGUGUCGACGAGAGAGAGGCUCGCUUCUAAAACAUCUCUGUCUGAGGCCCGUGUACAGGUUUGGUUUUCCAACAGACGAGCCAAGUGGAGGCGCCACCAGCGCAUGAAUCUCCUCAAGCGCGGUGGUGGCUCACCUACACACCGCCUCCCACACUCACCCUCCCGCUCCCGAUCGCGCUCUUUGUCCCCGACGCGUAUUGCCUACCACACACCACAAAUGGGCGGAGAGAAUAGCGCGUUCAAGGCCCUCACUCACGACGCCAACGCCAUGAAGGCUCUAUCCCACGCGCAGUUCGAGACGAACGCGCUCAAAGCUCUAUCACAGCAGACGUUCGAUUUCAAACCACACCCUGGAUUGGAGAGCAGCGCGUUCAAAGCCUUUGUACCAAACACAGCGGCCGCCUUGCUCGCGGCGCAGUCGAUGCAAAUGACCAGAUACGAGUCUGAUUCAGAUGAGGAGAUAAAUGUGCAUGAUGAGAGUGAAGAUGAAGGCGUAAAGCAAAAAAAGGCCAGGUCAAGAUCAACUAGUCCCUGUCGACAGAGGUCUAACGAUGUGCCCCUACAAUUAACGAAGCAUGAUCGUUGAUUUGUAAUUAUUAAUUAAUUGUAAAUUUAUGUAAAUAUGUAGAUACUGAGCUAAUUAAUGUACAAGAUCAAAUUUAGUUUGCACAAAUUAUUUAAUAUACAAAAUUAUUUUUUAAUCGAAAAGUAUUUUAUGAAUUUUAAACACUUUUAAAGAAGGUUCUUAAUAUAAGAUCUUUAUUAUGAUUUCUAAUGCGUUAUACCCUUCGUGAGUUCCUAGACAAUGUUUGAUAGAAAAUUUUGUUAAAAAUCGAUUAAAAUUGUGACCUUUGUUUUCCUUUUAGUUGAAAUCGACUGAAAUAUAUGUAGUCUAAGGCGUCUGAAGUGGGUUAAAAAUUUUGUAAUUUAGAAAUUGUUUAAAGAUUACACAAAAAUUCACGUCACCUUAAGAUUAUUAAAAUUAUUGUUGGACACUGUAUAUUUUUGCUUUAAUGGUUCCUAGAUAGGUAUAAAAACCUCCUUAGAGAGUGUAAAACAAAAGAUGACGAUUCGCCUGUAUUUGGUGGGACUGAAGCUAACUAAUCACAUAGAGCGACAUGCGUCAAUUUUUGUUUAUAUACUUCUCGAUCAACGAAUAGCAUAGUUCGCUGACUUUUAACUGCCAGUUCAUAAAAGCCGUUAAAGUCAGCGAUUUUAAUAGUUAAUUACACAUGUAAAUUAUUUAUUGAAUAGAAAAUUUUAUCGUAAUGUAAAUAUAUAGUGAUAGUUAA